UUUAUCAUCUUUGCUGUGGAUGAUAACUGAGGCUGCAAUAUUAUUUAAUGAUAUUUUACUCUGGAGGAUAGUGCUAAGGCGAUGGGUUAUUUUCAGUGUCUGACCGUAUACAAAAUGUUGAAUUAAUUCGGGAGUUGCGCAGUGUAGACGAACCGUAAAGGGCAUAUGAAUGAGCAACAUUAGAGGCGGUGUAUCUCUAUAAUGUCAUGCACGCCCAGCCUAAGGUCAGAUGUUUUGUAAAUAAAUGCAGAUGACUGCUCGCCUGCAGAUUAUGCAGUCAAUGAAUGGCUGAUUUUAUGAAUGGCUGCAUAAUGACCGUCAGGCUGAAAUCCUAGUAAACCGUAGUAAUCUACAGGGCGUUGUAUACAAGGAAAGGCUACAUUAAAAUAGUCUAAAUACUGCAAGAAAGAAGACAUAUGAUAUCCUGAUUUUCAUCCUAGAGAGGAAUCUGUAGUGUGCAGGUGACCAAAAGUGAUGCUUCAGGGAGUGGGCCAGUUAUUUCUUUACAGCAGGUCCUUUGGGGUGGAGGCAGGCACAGGAAGCAUCUGACCUCAUUCACAACAAGGUCCCAGCUGAAAGAUUCUGAUAUGGACUAUGAGAGGCCAAACGUUGAGACUAUCAAGUGUGUUGUGGUGGGAGACAAUGCAGUCGGAAAGACCCGCCUCAUCUGCGCCCGGGCCUGCAAUGCUACGCUGACUCAGUACCAGUUACUCGCUACACAUGUGCCCACAGUAUGGGCCAUCGACCAGUACAGAGUAUGCCAGGAGGUAUUAGAGCGCUCCAGAGAUGUGGUGGAUGAUGUCAGCGUGUCCCUUCGUCUCUGGGAUACUUUUGGAGACCAUCAUAAGGACCGGCGUUUCGCUUACGGCAGGUCUGAUGUGGUGGUAUUGUGCUUCUCAAUUGCCAACCCCAACUCUCUUUACCACGUGAAGACCAUGUGGUACCCUGAGAUCAAGCACUUCUGCCCCCGUGCUCCUGUCAUCUUGGUGGGCUGUCAGCUGGACCUGCGCUAUGCAGACCUGGACGCAGUGAACAGGGCACGGAGGCCUUUAGCUAGACCCAUUAAAUCCAAUGAGAUUCUUGCUCCAGAGAGAGGCCGGGAGGUGGCCAAAGAGCUGGGAGUGCCAUAUUAUGAAACCAGUGUUGUUGCUCAAUUUGGAGUCAAGGACGUCUUUGAUAAUGCUAUCCGAGCUGCGCUCAUCUCGCGCCGACACCUGCAGUUUUGGAAAUCCCACCUGAGAAAUGUACAGCGGCCUCUCCUUCAGGCACCCUUCCUGCCACCGAAACCUCCCCCACCUAUAAUCACUGUGCCUCCUCCUCCCACAACCACAGAGGAGCAUCCGGUCGGUCUCCUCGAGGACCCACACUGUGCUGACGUCAUCCUGAUCCUGCAGGAGCGACAGAAAAUCUUUGCACACAAGAUAUACUUGUCGACAUCGUCUUCAAAGUUCUAUGACCUCUUUAUCAUGGACGCACAUAGCGAGGAGACUGAAAGGCCCUCUCGUGGUCCUCUCUCCGGAAGAGAGCUGCUGAUGCGUGCUGCUAGCUUUGAUGUUUGCGAAAGUAGUGACGAUGGAGACAGGGCCAACCUGAGGGCCUGCACUAGUGAUGGGACGUUAAAAGAUUUCGACGCAGGGCGACGGGGCAGACUCCUCUCUUCGUGGAGCCGAGCCUUCGCCAGCAUCCAGGAGGAGGUGGUAGACGACCCCGUCUCAUACAGCCCCAGGCCCAUAACUGUGGUGCACAUGGACCAGUCCAUGCAGCUCGGGCCUUUCCGAGCAGUGCUUCGCUACCUGUACACAGGUCAGCUGGACGAGAAUGAGAAGGAGCUAAUGCACAUUGCACACAUUGCUGAGCUGCUGGAGGUCUUUGACCUGCGGAUGAUGGUGGCAAACAUACUAAACAAUGAAGCCUUCAUGAACCAAGAAAUCACCAAAGCCUUCCAUGUACGGCGCACAAACAGAGUCAAAGAGUGCUUGGCCAAAGGGACCUUUUCUGAUGUAGUAUUCAAGUUAGAUGAUGGGACCAUCAAGGCCCACAAACCUUUGCUCAUCUCUAGUUGUGAUUGGAUGGCAGCUAUGUUUGGUGGGCCUUUUGUGGAGAGCUGCACAAAAGAGGUGCUGUUUCCAAACACAACUCGCAGCUGUAUGAGGGCCGUGCUGGAGUAUCUCUAUACGGGGCGGUUUUGUUCUCGGACUGACUUGGAUGCAAUGGAGCUCAUUGUUCUCGCCAAUCGUCUUUGCCUCCCCCACCUGGUUGCACUUACAGAGCUCUACACAGUUACAGUCUUGACAGAGGCUGGGAUGAUUGGGGCUGACAUUGAUGGAGACGUGCUGGUGUACUUGGACAUGGCCCAGUUCCACGGCGCCCAACAGCUCACUGGCUGGUGUCUUCACCACAUCUGCACCAACUACAACAGUGUCUGUCGCAAGUUUCCCCGAGAGAUGAAGUCCAAGUCUACAGACAACCAAGAGUAUUUUGAGAAACAUCGCUGGCCACCAGUGUGGUUCCUGAAAGAGGACGACCACUACCAAAGAGCCCGCAAAGAGCGCGACAAGGAGGACUACCUGUACCAGAGACGGCAGUGUAAACGCAAGUGGCUCUUCUGGAACGUUCCUUCCUCUCCUAACUCACACUCUCCUUCUUCUGGCUCCUCCGCUGUCAUCUGACCACGUGGGUAAGGCCAGGUCCACUCUGAAGUACAUCAGUGUGGAUGCGGGUUGUAAAAGUAUUAAUAGAAGAUAAGCACUGCUGGCUAGCUACGCCCCAAUUAUUCAGGCACUCAGGCUCUCCUCCCGUUUGUUUGCCGCUGCAGUCAAACAGCACUCCUCCCGAUCUGCAAGGUCAGCCCAAUCUAGUGGUGAAAGUAAGAGUUUUGUUCCUUUAGAUUUUUAGACUCGGUGAUAUGAAUCUUGUUGACAAAUGGCACAGUGUAACUGGCGUAAAUACUAACUCAUACUGACUGUUCCACCACCUGAGAUUUACGUUUGAAAACAGGACUCUGGUGGCACAGAACUUUCCACAGAUGUUCAUAACCAUGUUCAACCAACCUGAACUGAUAACUAAGUGCUGCCUAUCAGCUGCAACAACCAGCAAACCAACACAGAACUCCUCCGUCUCAGAGAUAUAAGACUUUGCCCUUAAGUGUUUGUACAAUCUACCAAACUAUGUGUAUAGUAUGAUCUUACCAACAGGAUGUAAGGAUAGUAUGGUCUGACAGGAAUGAAUUAUUGAAGUCAUUCACUCUAACCAUGCUGAUUAUGACCGUGUAAGCAUAAAGGAAAAAUACUGGCAAGCUGCUCCUGUUCAUUUGUGUACAGUCAUUGUAUUUGAUUUUUGUGCACGGCUUGCACAGCUUAAAAUGCGGUGAAUAUAGAUCAGCAUUCACGUAUUGUGAUCUUGGGAUUUGUGGCUUCUUGUCAAACAAAGAGGCUUUAGUUUACAUGAAAGAUUCAGUGUCCUGAGACACAAGAGAUCCCGAAUCAAGCAAGCAUAGGUCAUUUCUGUAAAAUGCCAGCAAUUACAGACCAGGUCGCUAUUAUUUCCUAUGCUUGCUGCUGCUUUCUAGCACACAUUUCCUCGGUUUCACAUUGAAUGAUUCCAUCAGCUUGAUCACUGUCAUACUGGAAAGCAACACAUAAUGCAUUUCUGGGCUAAUGGCAGCAUUUCCGGAGCUGAAAACACCACAUGUUCAUCGUGUACAUCAUCCCUCUGUGAUGGUGUGUAUGACAUGUCACUGCUGGUGAUUUGGCUUUUGGAGAUUUCCUUUCUUAGUGGAUCAGAGGAUGCCCGCUGAAUGCCUGCAGUUGGCUGUGUCAGACUUGUGCAUGCAGGAGGCUUCCUCAUGGCAUGGUGCAGUAAUCCACACCCCAAGCACUUUGUCCGACUCUUCUCCACAGAGACACACACAAGAACCUCCAGUGGCAGCAUCCUGGUGAACGGCACCUAAAGACAGUAUGGUGACAUGACACACUGCUGCAAAUUUAAAAAAGGGAACUUGGGAGGAUACCAAAACAUGAUAUUUAAAAUGUUUAAAAAAAGAGGUUGUGAAGAGUUUGAAAACAAAUCAUGUUUCUUGACCUGCUUGGCACACCUCACAGUGCGUGUUCAAGAUUGUCAUCUACUGUUGAUUAUACCUGAUUGGAGGAUGGUCUGCAGUGUUAAGCAUAGUGCUCAGUGAUGAGUAGUAUUGUAAAUUGUACAACAUAUUAGACCAACUGCAAGUAACUUGCAUAACUCAAAUGUGCUGUUAUUUAAUAUUGUGCACUGCAGGCAGUGAGCAAAAUUGUACAGUAUUACUGAGUUAUACAUAUACUAAAUAUAGACUUGACUUGCAUUCAGUUACUGUGCAGCUACAAACGGUUGCUGAAAAUAAGUGGAUUCCCAUUGUGCUGACUUCCUGAUACAUCUGUUAUAUAAAGUAAACUAGGAUUACAGUGAAAAAUUGAAAAAAAGUAGAACAAAUGUAUGAUAUAAAGACUUACGGCACAUCCAUAAAACAUGCCAUUGUUAUUAAAAGCAAAAGAGUAUAUUCUGAUGGCAGCAUAUAUUAAAGAAAGGUUAGCUUUAAUCCUGCAUAUGAUUGGUUAGACUUCUCCAUACAGUUUUUGACUAUACCAAAAUGUAGAGCCCAACAAAGAGUUUAAAAUGAUUCAGUGUUAAGAAUCAAUUCAUAAAAUAUAUUUAUUCCCUAAUAACUACACUGCAUGAACAAGGCUCGCCAAAAUAGAUGAAGUGUAUUCCUUGUCAUUUAAAGAGUAAGAUAUAGAGUAGUGGUGUUAGUGCUCUAAGCAGUAGCUUUAAAUUGUUCUCAAUUACAUUUACUGUUGUCUAGCUAAUUAAAUAUAAGAGCUGUCAUUUUAAACAUCUGGAUUGAUUAAAUAUUUUUGGCACACAUGGUCAGACAUUAGAGUGAAGGGUGAACUUAAUUUAGAGCCAGCUUUCUAAUUAAGAAUGUUUUAAUUGUCUUAUGAUAAAAAUGUCACACAAAAUACACUUUAUUUGUCUAUGUUUAACAGCAGGAGGGUCUAUAUAUUGUUAUAAUUUGCUGCUGUAAGUGAUACAUUUCAUAAACAUGCAUUUCAUUCCUCAGUGCAUUGCAUUUCUUAAUGAGUCUUCUGCUGAUGUUUAGCAUCAACGACACCUCAUGCCUUAAUGUACAGUGUAGUGUAUGGUAUUGAAUGUAAAGUAGUGUUACUUUGAGAGUGUUACUUUGUCCUCUGUGUUCAGUUACCAGGGUGCUCUCUAGGUUGUAUGUGUGUACCUGUAAAUGUACAUAAUCCAUCAUUUGGAUGUAAAAGGAAUCGAUGUACGAUCAAUUCGAUGAGUGUGCUUUACUUUGAACACUGCGGAGGGUUUAUGUCCUUUUUUAAACACCAAACUAAUGUAACACUCUGACCAUGAAGGCAACACUAGACUGACAUAAUGACAAACCAUUAAUGUGUGACAUUACCCACGAAAUGUUUGCAGGGAUUUCCAAUCUGUUACAUUAUUUUAACUUUGCUUUAUGCUAAUGAUCUCCAACUUUGGGGUCUGCAUAAUUACAAACUGCUUGGACAGGGUGGUCAUUGGAAAUUAGAUUGUCACUCAAACAUGUAAAUAGCAAAUGUGUGAUGACUUGCAAUUCAACUUUGGCCUAGCAAUUGAUAUAAGCUAUUGCAUAGUUUAACAUAUAAUGUUUUUUGUACUAUGCAUACUGAAAUGACUUUGAAAUUACAAACUUGCACUGCUUUGUAGCACCAGGUUCUACUCAAAUUGCAUUAGAUGGUAUAGCAACAUCAUUAUUAGAUAUGUAGACAACAUCAGGUAAAAAAAAUUAGAUCGUAAAUUACAAAGAAGUUGUCACUGGGGUCCUUUUCCAUGUUUGGGUGCUAAUUUCACCGCUGCAAAGAAGCACAAACCAAAGGGAGCUUUAGCAGCACCAGGAAUAUAUUAAAUAUGCUGCACAAUCACUACUGCAUAGUUUAAGAGGCCUUGUUCAGAAAUGGUUGAAAAUUAAAUUAAAAAACAUACGAUAAAUCAAAAGAAAAAAACUUGAAUGUUUUCUCAGUGUUCAAAGCCUGGAUGACGUUUUCCUUAGUCGUCAGGUAUCUUUGUUCUCAAGAGCUGUUUUUAUUGUUUAGAAGCUGUAAAUCUGAGAUUCUGUAGCAUGUGUUCUUGAAAAUGUGUAAAUAAUAUUUACUAAAUAAAAAGAAGCAACGUGUG